GUUACUUGAGGCAUUGAACGGCGUGUAGACCCACGACUUUGGAGUUUGGAUUUAGCCGCUUUCGGGCUCUGUGCGCCUUGCGCUUUCAGUGGAGUAGGAAGAGGCGUGCGAGACUCCUGACUUUCUGUGCUCCUGGGUUUUGAGACCGUAAGUUACAGGAACGGCGAACUUUUGGUUACCGUGGCAACCGCCGCCACGCCAACCUCCACCAAGCCAGUUUGAGUCUUUGAGGGCCAAGGAAUGAUACUUACUAGACGAAAAGAUGAUGAGUGAUUUUAGUGAAGAAUUGACAAAGCUUGGUGUGGCAGAGGAAAACCCAGACACUUCGGUGUUCUCUAACAGAGGAAUGCGUUUCCCAUGGCUUCAGAAGCACGUCGAAGCUGUAGUGACUGGAGGGAAGAGGAAGAAGGAUUUUGCUCAGACGACAAGUACUUGUUUAAGCUUUAUCCAGGAAGCCCUCCUGAAGCACCAGUGGCAGCAAGCUGCAGAGUAUAUGCACAGUUACCUGCAGACCCUGGAGGACUCUGACACCUACAAGAGACAGGCUGCCCCUGAGAUCAUUUGGAAGCUUGGAAGUGAAAUUCUGUUUUACCACCCCAAAAGCAACGUGGAGACUUUUAAUAGCUUCGCUGACCGAAUGAAAAAUAUUGGUGUCUUGAAUUAUUUAAAGAUCUCCUUACAACACGCCUUGUAUCUUUUACAUCAUGGAAUGCUUGAGGAUGCCAGCAGAAAUCUAAGUGAGGCCGAGACAUGGAGGUAUGGUGAAAAGUCAUCUUCUCAGGAAGUGUUGAUCAACCUUGUUCAGGCCUACAAAGGGCUUUUACAGUACUACACUUGGUCCAGAAAGAAGACGGAGUUGUCAGAACUUGAUGAAGAUGAUUACGCUUAUACCGCAAAAUCCCGAAACAUGCUCAGCCAGAGCUGCAAGACAUCUACAAACCUGUGUGCUCUGAUGAAAACCCCUGGGGUUUGGGAUCCUUUUGUGAAGAGUUAUGUGGAGAUGCUGGAGUUCUAUGGUGAUAAAGAUGGCGCCCGAGAGAUGCUUACCAAUUACGCGUACGAUGAGAAGUUCCCGUCAAACCCCAAUGCCCACAUCUACUUAUACGAAUUUCUCAAGAGAGAGAAGGCACCGAGGGCGAAGCUCAUAAGUGUUCUUAAGAUUUUACAUGAGAUUGUGCCAUCCCAUACACUAAUGUUAGAAUUCCAUACGUUGCUUAGAAAAUCAGAGACAGAAGAACACCGGAAACUGGGCUUGGCCGUGUUAUUUGAAGUCCUGGACUUUGCUGGAUGCACUAAGAACAUAACGGCCUGGAAAUACUUGGCAAAGUAUCUGAAGCAGACAUUAGUGGAAAGCCAUCCCGAGUGGGUUGAAGAAGAAUGGAAAUCUAGGAGAAACUGGUGGCCCGCCUUUCACUUCAGCUUCUUUUGGGCAAAGAGUGACUGGAAGGCAGACGCUGAUUUGGCUUGUGAGAAAGCUUUUGUAGCUGGAGUCCUUUUAGGGAAAGGUUGUAAAUAUUUUCGGUAUAUUUUAAAACAAGAUCAUGAAACCUUGAAGAAGAAAAUCAAGCGGAUGAAGAAGUCUGUGAAAAAAUACACUAUUGUAAAUCCAGGUGGUCGCACCUAGGUCUUAACUUAUUUUACAGUUGUCACUACAGUGUAGUAUUGGUAUUUUAAUUUUGUGUGUGCACAUGUGCAUGUGAAAGCUAAAAGUCAGCUGUGUCACUCUGCAGGAGCCUUGCUUUGAGACUGGUCUCUUGCUGAGGCCUGGGCUCACCUCUUAGGCUGGCUGGCCAGUGUGGCCUAGUGAUUCUUCUUAGCGCUGGGAUGAGAAUUGUGGGUACCAUCCCCAGAUUAUUUUUUUACUCAUUUAUUUAUUUAUCUGUGUAUGUGUUUAUAUAUGUGUAUACAUGUGUACAUGACUUGGCACAAGUAUGACCAGGCAUGUAGAGAAGGGGCUGGUCACCUAUCAUGUAGUUAUUGUUAAAGUGACUUCUGUGAAGAUGGGGGAAGCAGCCACUGCCCUGGCCUCCGGUCCCUUUUGUUGUCUCAGCAGUGUGCCAGGAGCCGUUUCAAAUAUUGCACUGUGUACUUGAGGUCAGGACUGUGGAACGCAGGAGCCUGUGGCACUCGGCCUCCCUCCCACGUGUCCCUCCGCCAGCUUUAUGUCCAUACCCACACGGCUCUUGGUGGGUUCGAGGGAGAGAGGCUAGGAGGGAGAGGACUUCUUUCCUUAUUGGUUUUAACCAGAGCAGGUGAGACCAUGUGCUCUCCAGUCCUUUGACUCUGGAGGACUGCGCUAAGUCAGUGCUGGAGGAGGUGUGGCUAACCUUAAGGGCGUGGUCAACUAGGAUCCUUGGUGCUUCCCUUGGAAAUGAGAAUCCAAUAGUAGACUCUUAGCCUGAAGUAACAGUAAGCCCAGUGGGACAGCUUCUCAGAAGCCAGUGACUUGUUCCACGAGCAUACACUAGUACUUAGAUUCCAGGAAGGCUCAUUGGUGAUCAGGUGACAAACCACACAUCUCCCUGUUGGCUUAUAGCCCUACCAGCUUUAAAUAAUGUACAAUAAAAGUGGACAAGUUAUGCUUUGUCAAUAA